AUGGAGGGCCCAGAAACAUGGGUUCGAACCCUAAUCGGUAACAUUGGUGCUGUGACCCAGGUGGGUCUCUUCGAGGAGGAGAAGCGUUGCUUGGACAGGUUGAGAAACAGCAGAUCCAGGCUACUGGAGAAGUACCGCCAAAUGGUAGAGAUUGAGCACUGUGACGCCAAAGGCCAGGAGGUGAUUGAGGAAGAGUGGAACGCACUCCAAUGUAGUGUCAUGAAGGAGUAUGAUGAACUGGCAGUGUUUGAAGAGAUCCAACAGGAGCUCAUGUCUCAAGCGCUCUACAUCAUUGAUGAAAUUGGGAAAAAUAUGCAGUUUGAAGAGUUGUAUGUGAAUUCAGUUGUGGAAGAGAUGACUGUAAACCACUCUGACUGUGUGACUGUCUUCUUCUUUAAUUUCAAAAACAACCUGACUGUGAACAGCCAUUUUACCUCCUGUCCCUGUGGGCUUUAUAUCAACACAAGGCAAAGGAACAUGAACGCAGAGGUGCUGCAGUGUCUGUUAGAGAGGAGGGUAACAGAACACAUGGAGGACUGUCACCAAAUCCCCAUCUUCUCCAUGGCCUCCAAUACAGACGGCUUGCCUAAACUCAUAAGCCACCUGACUGACUGGGUUGAACACUUGGAUGCAUCCCAAAUGGCACCCUAAUCCCUAUAUAGGGCCUUAUGGGCCCUGAAUUUAUAUUUUCUUUCCUAUGGGCCCUGGUCAAAAGCAGUGUUCUAUAAAGGGAACGGGGUACCAUUUGGGACGUAUGAAGACUGUUUAUCAUAAUGAAUUGUUUGGGACUCAGCCAGGCCAUAAUACAACACUUAACCAGUAUCACUACUGGGCUCCCUCCACUUACCAUGUUAAACAUUCCUAAUGUAUUCAGCUAAUAAAACCAUCAUAUUUUGAGAUGAAGUAUUAAGGGGUCCUUCACUAGAACUGGAAGUAGCAUUGAUUUAUAGAAUUGUUCAUUUGAGGUGUCAAAGCAAUAUCCCUUUUCUUCAAUGGUUAUGUAUUGACUAUAAAAUACUUGA